AUGGCAAAUUCUCAUCUCCCCAAUUCGCACCCAGACGUGACGCCCGACUGGCAGGACAUUGGAUACGCGCGCACCAGCUUUGAUGAGGCCAUCGCCCUUAAACCAAUUGAUGGACAGAGGGGGCAUUACUCCGGGUUUGCUCCAAGGGAUUGGUGCACUCCACAUGACCGCGGUCAUUGCUUGCAUGGUGGAUACAUCGCCGCCUUGCUCAUUGCUGGAAGUCGUACCUAUUUUCGUGCCUAUCAUGGAGAUCUAAACCAGCCAGAUCCUAUCCAGAUGCACCUGCAAUAUUUACAGCUCACUCCACCGGGUGUCUUUCACGUCCGCUUCACAGACAUCAAGCUGAGCAAACGACUUUCCACCAUCCAAGCCGAGCUCGUCUCGUCCGACCCGGUCAGCCUAGCUCCGAACAGUCUUGCACUCUUCACGAUGGGUGACUUGAAUAACAACACUGGAAUCUCCAUGAAACUCCCCCCAAUUCCGACUCCGGACCGGGAACAUGACUGCGCCCGCUGGACCAACGCUUUCUUCUACCAUAUUAACCCGCCGACCUCGGCGAUUCGAUACUACAAUCCCAAGGAUGGUGACAGCCUCAUGUGGAGCCCCAGUCGUGGGCGCAAUGCGCGCGACCAAUGGGGGAAGCUCGACUCUGGCGACAAUUUUCGUUUGGAACAUCUCGGGCUCAUGGCGGACCUCAUCCCUGCAAUCCACAUGAACUACCAAGAGAGUGCUCUGAAGGCUGUUUUGAAUUAUGAAUAUCCGACCAUUAGUAUGGAUUUUGAUUUCCGCGCUGAUCCGGCCGGCCGAAAGGAAUGGAUCUUGAAUCGUACCAAGAUGCACAAGCUACAGAACGGCCGCUUUGACAUGCAUGUGCAAAUGAUUGAUGAUGAUGGGGAUCUGAUUGCAACGAUCAGGCAUUCAUGUCUAGUGUUCGAACAUAAGCGGGGACAGAAAAACAAGGUAAAGUCGUCUCUUUGA